UUUUAGGUAAUGAAUGGGAUUACAUUUUUUUAAUCCACCACCAUCCGUUGGCUGUAAAAAAAUUAGCGGCAAAAAAGCAGUGCAUUCAGGUCAGUUUUUGGUGUGGAAAACCGAUUGACCUGCGGUCAUGGGUCUCAUGAAUGGGCAGGUCAGAAAAAAGGCAAAAAGAUUGCAUAUAAAUUAAGCCAGCCACUCUGAUGCAACCAGCAAACGAAGUCAAGCAACCAAACGAUCAAGAUGCGUCGCAGCCAGCAAAACAAGGAAGUUAAGGAUAACUGCAAAGAGAAUCCUUCGCAGAACUCAAUGGAAUCACCACCAAAGUCACCCACUGCCGCAUAUGCAAUGUUCUUGCAUCGCGAAGAGUUGAGGAGGCGAAAAAUACAAGUUUCUCGGGUUUCAGCCACCAAAAUUCACCUGACCAGCGAACUAAUCGCUCGAACUAAGCAGAAUAUACGGCAGUGCAGCUUCGAGGAUCUGGAGAUUCUGGCCAGGGAGACGCUCUUCAAGAAGAAUCUGCAAAGACAUCUCUACUAUCGACGCAUGCACAUCCAUCAACUGAUGAUGAGCAAAAAGAAGCAGCAGGCCAAGGAAAAGAAGUGAAGACAUAAAUUUAAGAUAAAGAAAAGUUAUUUAGUAUAGGAACAGCAAAAGUGAUUUUUACAUGCAUAAAUAUUAUAAACCUAAAUUAAGAACAAUAAAACAACUCAAAAUUACAAAAACUUGACUAGAAGAUAAAGGGAGAAAUGGGAAAACAUUUUUCUUCUAAAAAAAAACUUUUUAAAAUUACUUCAUUACUUUCAAAGGCACAGAAGUGUCUAUGGAUAUCCUUUAAAUUCAUAAAUAUAGUCCUUUUCACUUUAAGUAAACGACCUCACCCAUUACAAUCAAGAAUAUCUGAGAUCCGGUCGAAAAGAUAUGGUCUAACCCAAACUAAAAACUUAAAUUAAACUUCAGUCAUUUGUAAAAGCCAAUGUGAAGGGACAAAUGCCCCUUACAUUCACAUCUUAUCUUUGCCCCGGCCAAAGUGCAAUUUUCCAUUUAAAUAUUUGAUUAUGUAUACGUAUACGUAUACGUAUUCCCCAGUCGUAAUUGUCAGAGAGCAAAGUGUCGGCGUCGAUCUGCACUUGUAAUGGGUGUAAAAACAAAUUUGCACAUGAUUACCAAAAAACCCGGUUGGCAAAACUGCGAACAUUUAAUACAACUCAAACAAAA